AUGCUCGCUCAACUUUUUAACCUAAGGGGUACAUUCCUCUUAGUAGAGCUCAAAGCUCUGACCAAGGCGGGAGAUGUAGAAGGCUUUUCCUCCGCUAUGCGAAAAUGGGAAGCCGUUCGAAGUCCAGGAUGGCCAAGGGUCAGCUUGGAGGAGUUUGUCCUCUGGGAAGGGGACGUCAUUCCAGGCAAGAAGGUAAUGCUCUUACACAGGGUACUUAUCACGGCUGCCGAGAGCGGACAGGUGGACAUAGCUGAGAUCCUCAUCAAACGAUAUGGCUGUAUCACGUGUACGCCCGCAGUGUUCGCGGCUUUCAAGCGCGAACAAUGGGGAAUUCUAAAGCUGUUCAUCAAGCACGGCUGGAACAUUAAUAGUGCCGUGGGAGGCAGUAAUAUGUAUCCUGUACUCAAGUUUGUGAUCAAGUCGGAAGCAAAGUCUCGAUGGUGUCUCGACCACGGCGCAGAUCCAACGCUACGAACUGCCGCCCUGGAUCACAGUGUUGCAAGUGUUUCCGGGGGCUUAGCACCUCUGUCGGUAGUCAAAUUAUUUCGAGAGUACGGUAUUGAUUACACAAAAACGGACGCAUUACAUGAAGCGGCUUGGUGGGGAAGCCGCAGACCCGGCCGCGUCGAAGUUAUGGCCUAUCUCAUCUACGAGGUUGGGUACCCAAUAAACCAAGUCGAACAUGAUUAUCUUCCCGACGUGCGCAGAAUGUACGCCCUUAAUGGGCUCGGUACGGCUCUGCACAAAGCUGUGAAAGGAGAGUGUAAGGAGACGCUCAAAUUCCUUCUAGAGAAUGGAGCGGAUCGUGGUAUAGCCGACAUGUGCGGCAACAAGCCCAUCGACAUAGCAAAGGAAAUGGGGUUUAAGGCCGGGAUAAGAUUACUCGAACAGUGA